AUGUCGAUUGGAGACUAUCUCAUUCUCGUUCAGCACUUUUCUUUGAUCUUGAUCAUCACUUGCCCCACAUGGAUUCUCUGCAAGGGAAAGAAGAAACCACCUCCGAAUAAAACAAGUAAAGGAUCUGGAUCCAAUGAACCACCACAGAAACCUCCAAGUGCGGAUGUUGCUGCAAGUCAGAAAAGUGGGGUGAAAGAAGAACCGAAGAAAGAAGAAGAGGGAGUGAAGACUGAAGGAGAAUCAAAAGAAUCAAAAGAAGGAGAUAAGAAAGAGGGAGGAGGCAGUGGAAGUGCAGAUGCACAGAAAGAUCCUUCACUCAAACCAUUCCCUAAAUUUGAGAUGCCAACAGAGAGCAAGAAAAACAAGAAAAUGUUAGAGGCUGAGAAAGACAAAAAAGAGAAGAUGAAACAAGGAUUUUAUCAACAGAAAUCAGACGAAGAUGAUACUCUUGAGAAGAAACCAUAUCUGGAACAAAUCUCUUCAAUUUGUCAACAUCAUUGGUUCUAUUCUUUCAUUAAAAGAUACGAGAAAUCACUGAAUAGUUUCUAUUCGUAUAUGGGAAGUGUUCUUAAAUCAAAGAAGCCGUGUGGUCUCUGUUCUUACAAACAAUCAUGUGGAUUCGGAGGAGCCGUUAAAUGCAAUCAGAGUCCGUUGUCAGUCGAAGGAACCCGCCCAUUCCUUCCAUUUUAUGUCGCUGAAAGAGUAUGCAGUGAACGAGAUUUGGGAAAAACUCAAGUUGAUUCCUGUGUUGUUGAUUAUGAUGCUUUGAUGGCAAAUGGAAAAGAGUGUCAACUUUGGCCAUCUGCAAAAGUAGAUCUGUCAGAUAUUGAACCAGCAUUCCGAGAGCAUGUUCAUAAUCUUAGUUGGUAUACUUGUCUCCCACAAAAUAGAAAACUUCGUAAGGGGCGUGGAAAGAAUGCAAAAUUCCGCACGGAGAAAGUGUGUCGUUGCUGUUGUUUCCCAUUCCGUCCAAAUCCGAAAACAUUCAAGUGUGAACAUGUUCCUGGCAGUGCUGUUGCACCUGGAAUGGAUCUCCUCGCUGGCGAGUUUAAUAGAAAACGAAAAAGGGUUUAA